AUGUUCUGGGCAAGAAUAUCUGAAGCAGACGCGAAGACCGCCAACAUCGCCGCGACGAGACUCGCCGCCCUGAACGCGGUGACGACCGCCAGCCCCCCCGUGAAGAGCCUCGCCGAGAUGGGCGACGUGCAGCUCGAGAACAUCUCGGACAGCUCGGCCACACGGGCUUCAGCAGCCAAUGCCACGCAGGUGCUCCCUCACGUGCUUCUGGUCGAGGCGACUGGCCAGGGGAGGCCGAACGCAGCCCUCCACAUCAUCGCCGGGCAGCUCAGCGAGGGCCAGAUCCGGGCGCUGCGGGACACCUUCACCGCAAUGGACGAGAACAACGAUGGGCUCCUGUCUGUGGCCGAGCUGCAGGAGGGCCUGCGCCGUGCGGGCCUGGGCGACGUGCAGGACAUGCCGCAGAUCAUGGAGGCGAUCGACGCCGACGCGGACGGCCAGAUCGCGUACACGGAGUUUCUGGCCGCGACGCUGCAGAGGAAGAUGUACUUGCAGGAGGACGUUUGCUGGACGGCCUUCGGUGUGUUCGACAUUGACGGGGACGGGCGUAUCUCGCCGGAAGAGCUGAGGCAGGUCCUCCGCAGCGGGAGCGUGGAUGAGAUGCUGGCGGCCCAAGACGGCGACGCCAUCGUUGAGGCCGUGGACAGGAACGGGGACGGCCUCAUCGACUUCGAGGAAUUCAUGGAGAUGAUGAGAGGGUCCUCGAGGAGCACGAGGUCGAUCUUCGUGCCCGCGGCGGCGCUGCAGGAGGAGUGA